CCGGUGAACCCAGGCAUUCCAGCGGCCUGAGUCCGCAUCGCCUAGAUCCCUGAUUCAGGACGCAGGUGGCAGACCCUCCCAGCCGCCAACACGGCCCCACUCCUAGGCCGCCGAAGUCCAGCCGGGGGCUUUCCCAUAUUUUUCAGAUGGCCCGUCUCCUCCUCUCAUCUCCUCUUCCCUCUCCCCUCCUCCACUCGGUCUCAGUUCCUCUGUUUCUGUGUCUCACUCUCCGCCCCCAGCUCCUCCCUGUUCCUCCUCUCUUCUCCCCUCCUCUUCCUCCCCGGCUCCCCUCCCCCAGCCUCCCUCCCUCGCUCCCCCCCUUCUCCCUCCUCCCUCCUCCCUCUCUCUCACACACACCCCCGCUUGGGCCUCCUCUCUCUCUCCGGCUCCAUUUUCUCCGCCGCCGGGGGCCGGGGUCUCCUGUGGGGGGCCCAGCCGGUACCCCAGGUCUCCCUUCAGUGCCGGGGUGAACCCCCGGGGGAGCCGGGAGCCGGGGGCAGACGGGCGGGGGUUGGGGCGGAGGGAGCAGCGGCCCCAGCGAGUUUGGGGGGAGAAGUAACCAGGCGGGGGGAGGGGCGGAGCAGGGAGGGGGCCUCAGGGCCCCCCCCCAGCUAUGGACGAGCGGCUACUGGGGCCGCCCCCUCCAGGCGGGGGCCGGGGGGGCCUGGGAUUGGUGGGUGGGGAGCCUGGGGGCCCUGGCGAGCCUCCCGGUGGCGGAGACCCCGGUGGGGGUAGCGGGGGGGUCCCGGGAGGCCGAGGGAAGCAAGACAUCGGGGACAUUCUGCAGCAGAUAAUGACCAUCACCGACCAGAGCCUGGACGAGGCCCAGGCCAAGAAACACGCCCUAAACUGCCACCGAAUGAAGCCUGCUCUCUUUAGCGUCCUGUGUGAAAUCAAGGAGAAAACCGGCCUCAGCAUUCGGAGCUCCCAGGAGGAGGAGCCGGUGGACCCACAGCUGAUGCGCUUGGACAACAUGCUUCUGGCAGAGGGUGUGGCUGGGCCCGAGAAAGGGGGUGGCUCAGCAGCAGCAGCUGCAGCUGCUGCAGCCUCUGGGGGCGGCGUGUCCCCUGACAACUCCAUCGAACACUCGGACUAUCGCAGCAAACUUGCCCAGAUCCGUCACAUAUACCACUCGGAGCUGGAGAAGUAUGAGCAGGCAUGUAAUGAGUUCACGACCCAUGUCAUGAACCUGCUGAGGGAGCAGAGCCGCACCAGGCCCGUGGCCCCCAAAGAGAUGGAGCGCAUGGUGAGCAUCAUCCAUCGAAAGUUCAGUGCCAUCCAGAUGCAGCUGAAGCAGAGCACCUGUGAGGCCGUGAUGAUCCUGCGUUCCCGUUUCCUGGAUGCCAGACGAAAGCGCCGUAACUUCAGCAAACAGGCCACUGAGGUCCUAAAUGAGUAUUUCUACUCCCACCUGAGUAACCCAUAUCCUAGUGAGGAGGCCAAGGAGGAGCUUGCCAAGAAGUGUGGCAUCACCGUGUCUCAGGUAUUAUGGAGGUUUCGGGAGGAGUUGUCAGGCAAAGUGCACACAUCUCAGCUAGGUGCAGUGGUCUCCAACUGGUUUGGCAACAAGAGGAUUCGCUAUAAGAAAAAUAUCGGAAAGUUCCAAGAGGAGGCAAACAUCUAUGCUGUCAAGACCGCCGUGUCAGUCACCCAGGGGGGCCACAGCCGCACCAGCUCCCCGACACCCCCUUCCUCUGCAGGCUCUGGCGGCUCUUUCAAUCUCUCAGGAUCUGGAGACAUGUUUCUGGGGAUGCCUGGGCUCAACGGAGAUUCCUAUUCUGCUUCCCAGGUCAGCUUCCUCUGCUGCCUGCAGGUGGAAUCACUCCGACACUCGAUGGGGCCAGGGGGCUAUGGGGAUAACCUCGGGGGAGGCCAGAUGUAUAGCCCACGGGAAAUGAGGGCAAAUGGCAGCUGGCAGGAGGCUGUGACCCCCUCUUCAGUGACAUCCCCAACGGAGGGACCAGGGAGUGUUCACUCUGAUACCUCCAACUGAUCUUGCCCCUCAGGGUCACAGGGGUGGGGGCUCUCACAAGGCGACUCUCGAAGAGGACGCAGGCUUCCAGAGGACAAACCCCAAUACAGGAGAAGCACAAGACAGAGAAGGGCCAAUGGGGUCAUCCCCUCCCUAACAAGCUCUGUGCUGGGGGUGCUAAUUACAUGGCAGGAAGAAUGGGGCCUCUAAGGGGAGUGUGGGGUCUGUCUCUCCCUUUUUUCCAUCUUUUUCCUCUCCCGCUUGCUUUCUUACACAGAAACAUACACAUACCCAGAAACCUAUUUCUCAGACCCCUUUUUCUCCUGUGUCUUUCUCUCUCCCUCUCCCACACCUCACACACACAUACUCCCACUUGCAACUAUUCUGUUUCUCUCUCUGGGCUCCCCGACUUUCCCUUCCCCACCCCACUUAUAUGCUCUGGAAUCUGUGGAGACGCCAGCCCUGCCCAAUCAGAGAUGCCAAAAAUGGGGACAUGACUUCUGGACAGAGGACAUGGGCCACGCCCCCAUGCAUCCCCACCCCUGCCCUCCAGACGGCUUACUUACCUCAUAUGCAGCUCAUCUUAAACCAAUAGAAUCGCUCGGUGGACGAGAGUGUCUGACUCAGAUAUCUACCUCGGAGGGAGUUUCUGCUACUUUAGGGAAUUAUUGACUGGGCUUUGGGGUUGAACGUUUUUCUUUUUUUUAAAGAAAGAAAAAGAAACCCUGGGAUCCAUCUGUUUUUUUGUUGUUGUUGUUUUUGUUAUUGGUGGUGGUGGUGGUGGUGGUGGUGGUUCUUAAUUUUUAAUUUAGUUUGGGGAAGUAGCUUGUUUUUUUUUUUAUAAAUAUGUUGAUUUCUUGUCUUUUUUUUUUAUUUCUUACGUUCCCAUAUUAGGGGUGAUAAGCCAAAGGGGUCCUGGUAAGAGAAAGGGGGACAAACAGAACUGGUAAAGAGGCCGCCCUGGCUCCAGGCCUGUCCAUCAGGAAGUAAAUUUUACAGGGCACCAAGCUUUGCCCCCUAAAAUCCCUUAGGUGUUCUUUGCUCAUGCAGGCAGCUUUCUGCCGCAUUUGAUGUGGAGGCAGUGAAGGGCUUGCCCUGCUGGCCUCUCAUCCCCCUUCUUCCCACAACCCUUGGGCAGGGCUGGACUCAGUAAUUUUGAGGAAAUCGAAGAUGCCAUCUUCCCCUGUGAGUGACAUGUCUUUAAUUUUUUUAAAAACUACUAUUUGAAAAUUGGAGGGGGAAGAAUGGGAAGGGAGUUAUUGCCAAAUAUGUUAAAUAUGGGUUGGGGUGCUUGUAUAUGUAUCUUCCUCAAUUUCCCCAGAAAUGAGGUAUCUUUUUGUCACACCAAAAUCAAGGGGUAGGGAGAGGGAGGAGGUUGCAAAAAGCCAGAUGUGGGGGAAAAGUAACAUCAACACUGUCCCAUCCUCAGCCCUGAACCCUACCAUCUGAUCCCCUCAGACAUUCUCAGGAUUUUACAAGACUGUCAGAGUGGGGAACCCCUCCCGUUAAAGAUCCGGGCAGGACUGGGGACAGGUUGGAAGUGUGAUGGGUGGGGGGGUGGGAGGCAUGGGCCGGGGGCAGUUCUCUCCUCACUUGUAAACUUGUGUAGUUUCACAGAAAAAAAACAAAAUGCAGUUUUAAAUAAAGAAAUUUCUUUUUUCCCUGG